GAGCAAAGAUGGCGCCGACAGCAAGGAAUCGGGCCAAUGUCCAUACGAGAAAAGAAUUACAGAAAGAAAUCCUUAAACGUCAGGCGAAUAAUAAAGAAUCUCCUAAAGAGAGAGAGGAUACUGGACAGAAUAUAGUAGGCGUGGUUGAGCCCUGGACGCCUGGAGCAUACACAGCUCUCAAAGCACUGCUCUCUGCCCGACUCUGCGCUGCCAUCUGGGCCCUCAUCAACGACUGCGAUGAAACCUACAACUACUGGGAGCCGGUGGACCACUACCUUCUGUAUGGCAAAGGAUUCCAGACGUGGGAGUAUGCACCCCAGUACGCACUACGCUCCUACACCUACAUCCUCAUCCACGCGGUCCCCGGCUAUUUCUCUAACCUCCUGCAGUCCAAUCGCAUGCUGGUGUUCUUCUUCUUCCGGUGCAUGUUGGCCCUCGGCUGCUCGGGCUGUGAACUGUACUUUUACAGGGGUAUCUGCAAGGAAUUCGGGGCCAACGUCGGGAGGCUCACUCUCAGCAUCCUUGUCUUUGCCGCGGGAAUGUUCAUUGCUUCGACUGCUUAUCUCCCUUCUAGCUUUGCAAUGUACAUGACUUUCAUGUCGAUGGGAGCUUGGUAUCACCAGAGUUACGAACUUGCCAUUUUUACUACUGCUAUUUCGACUUUCCUUGGCUGGCCUUUUGCAGCUGCCAUAGGAAUCCCCAUCGCAUAUGACAUUGUCUUUCGCAAGCAGCAGAUUUUCAUGUUUGUCAAAUGGUGCAUAAUAUCCAUGGUCACUAUUCUGGUCCCAAUGGUCCAGAUAGAUUCUCACUACUUUGGCAGCUUGGUCAUUGCUCCUCUAAACAUCGUGAAGUACAAUGUUUUCACCUCUCACGGUCCCGAUCUGUAUGGCACGGAACCAUGGAGUUUUUACAUGGUCAAUGGAUUCCUGAAUUUUAAUAUCGUGUUUUUAGCAGCACUGGCAUCGCUUCCCAUGUAUACCCUGGUGUCUUAUUUAGUACAGCUGCCGAAGAAAAGCAGCAUGUACCUCCCGCUGUGGCUCACUUUGUCCCCGCUCUACCUGUGGCUCCUCGUCUUCAUCCUGCAGCCACAUAAGGAAGAGCGUUUCCUUUUCCCAGUCUAUCCGCUGAUCUGCCUUGCCGGAGCCAUAACCAUCGACUGCUGUCAGAAACUAGGCUCGUUCUUGUUAUCGGUGAAACGACAACAUUACCUACAUCACACGAAUUGGUUUGCAAUUUGCAUUGUUAUUGUGACAUCGGUGCUAAGCCUCUCGCGUAUUGUUGGACAGUAUAGAGCCUACCAUGCACCCUUGGAAACGUUCAUGGAGCUGAACCGACGGGCUGUGGAAGAGAAUUUCCCGACCGACCGGCCAAUCAACCUCUGCGUAGGGAAGGAGUGGCACCGUUUCCCGUCCUCUUUCUUCCUUCCAGGUUUAAAUUGGAAUUUACAGUUCAUUGAGAGCGAGUUCCGAGGGCAACUUCCCCAGCCUUAUUCGGAGGCGGCCAAUGGAACCCUAGUCAUUCCUGAGAAUAUGAACGACAUGAACAAGGAAGAGGAGUCGAGAUAUAUACCCUUAAGUUCCUGUCACUUCUUGGUCGACCUAGACAGAGAAGAAGAGACGGAAAGGGAGCCGAGAUAUACAAAACGCACUGCGGAUUGGAUAACUCUCCAUAGUGUCCCUUUUAUGGAUGCACAAAGAUCUCACAGAUUAUUGCGUGCCUUCUACGUCCCCUUCGUCACGGAACAGCACUGCUCUUAUCUCAACUAUACCCUGAUGCAGUCAACCAAGUGGAAACCAAAGUCGCGAUAUUUAGGACGAUUAUAGUAAUAUGUGGGAUUGUUAUUUUAGUUAGAAAAUAUGAUAAAUAAAUAAAAAGUUGCUGUGACUCAAUUGCUGUGAACACUCAUUGUACAGUCCAAAGAUAAUUGGUGUCUGUUUAUUACAUGCAUAUGUAUAUUUUGUUGAACGAUAAUUUAUUUAUUGAUGUUUUUUUUUUUUUUCCGUCUGUAUUUUCCUUGCUGUGUGUGUGUUGGGGGGGGGGAUGAUGAUGUAGGAUGAUUAUUGCCUACAAGAUAUGUGAUUUUCUGUCUUCAAUUACUUUUUUUUUUUAAUUAUUCACUCACUUGUGGAGCUAAAGCUAUCGGAUCUUCUAGUUUGUAUUUUAAUGUUGUAAUGUAAUUUAUUUCUGUAUAGAUUAUUUUGUUAAGUUUGCAGAGAGCCUUGUUAACUGAACCGCUUUCUCGAUUCCGCUUUAUGUCAUUCCAUCUUUUGAAGUGUAUAAGGCUAUUUAUAGUAGUGGUUGAGAGAUCGUAGGUUGGCGUUAGGGAGAAAUAGGGAUGAGGACAGAGAAGAGGAGAGAGAGUUCAUGGUUGCAAAUGUAGAAAAGGUGUGAAUGAGAAUGAAUGAUUCUGCAUUGACCAUCUGCAAUGAAUGUUUCGAUAUUGCGUAUGCAUCUGAAUUACUUGAUUCUAACGAAGAAGUAAUAUUGAAACCUUAAUUAUACAUCUUACACUGCAGAAUUAUUUGUUCAUUUUCUGUGUCAAGAAAGUAUUAUGUUCUCUGGAUAGACAAUAUAUUUGUGUGUGAAAGAGCUACAGCAAAAAAGAAAAAAAGAAAAACAAAAAGCAUAAGUUUGUGUGAUAGAAAAAAAGAACGUCAAAAAAGUCGUCAUAUAAUUUCAGUUGAGUAUUGUGUUUCUGCAUGUUUUCAGGUGGAGAAUGUGAAAGCUCAUGUCGAAUUCACUACCUAAUUACCAUGAGUAGUGGUUUGCCACGAGAAUCUAAUUGGACAUAGUACCGUGAAUGCAAAGGUUAAAAUACUAGUGUUGUAGCUGCCCUGUGCAAGUUAGGGUAAGAACCGUCAUGAAUAUGAAUACGACUGCUUGUAUUGCGCUAGGUAGAAUGAGUGACGAAAACCUCCUAUGCAAGAAGUAAAUGUACAAAAUCUCCAGAUAGAUUUAGUAUUAAAAUGUGAAUAUUGCAGUUUGUAAAAGGAGUUAACACCCUCCUUGUUUCAGAUGCAGAAAAAAAAAAAAAAUUAGAGUAUAUCUUUUUAUUGUAAUGGUUUGAGUAAUACAUAUGUAACUCAUUUUCUUUUACGAUGAGAGGCCUGUAGCAUUGAGAAAUUAUUUACUCUCUUGAUUUUUAUAUAUGUAAAACAUUUAAAAUGAAUGCAGAA